UUCAGGGUAAAAUAUCGACUCUGGAAAGCGCGUUUGGCUGGACGAAAAUCACAGAACACCAAAGGGGCCUACAACAAAGCACUUAAUCCUGAUCAGGAGGAGGGCGUCAAGCAGUUUAUCGAUUUCCUGAUCUAUUUAGGCCAUAAAGCUGAUCUCAAAACGGUUCGGGCGGCGGCAAACAAGAUUCUA